AGAGAGAGAGAGAGAGAGAGAGAGAGAAGCUGUGUUGAGAGAAAGAGAAAGAAAUGGAGGGAGGGAGCUCAAGCAGCGAAUUGCAGAGUAUACAAGACGCCAUUAGAUGCUCAGAUGUCGUGGAGAAUCGAAUUGAACUACUUACGAAGCUUGGGGAUUUGAAAAUAACAGAGAAAUCUGAAUUGGCUUCCCUUGCGGAAUCUCUCACAACAUUUUGGGAGGACUAUACUUGCUUGGAUAUAAGCCAGUGCAUGUUAAAUGGGGCUAUAUUACAGGUGGCAGCAAAAUACCUAGAAUCUGAUAUAUCCAACUGUCUAGCACAUUUCCUUGCCCUUGGGACCAAGGCCAGCAUAUGGUGUGGUAAACACCUAAAAAUGACUCUUAUGUCGACUGAGGAGUCUCAAGAAGAAGAGCAUGCCAACCUGUUCUUUGAGCUGCUUCUGAAUCUGCUGAGCUUUUCUGGUGCUAGUUUUUCAUUUUUGGCAAGAUUCCCUGUUUCUGUUGACAAGCUGUCAUUGGAUAUUGUUGAAAAAUUCUUCGUGGAACAGUUAAACUUGAUCAAAGAUUCAAUAUCAGAGAUUAAGAGAAUUCCGUGCUUUGAAUCAGUAGUAAAGGUCGCACUGGAGGUCAUUGAUGCUGUAAUAAGACUAUGUGGAGCAUACGCACGAGCUGUAAAUUGGGAGUCCUGGGAUGAAAAACUUGCAGGGGACAAAACUGGAAUGGGUGUUGAAGGUUUCAGUAAUAUGAAUCAUGUUAUUAAUGUAACGAAGUAUACAAUAGAAAAAUUGUGUGAGAUAGGCAUUGUUGCUGCUAAUAAUGGGGGCAGUCUGGUAAAGGUUCUUAAUUUUUCGUGGAAAGGUGUAGUUACUUUGCUUCAGCUUGGUGAGGGGGUACUUGCAACAAAGGUGAAUGUAGCAGAUAUAAUUUCAAAUUUGAUCUCAUUGGUCAAUGAAUUGUUAAGAUGUGCAGCUGAGGCUUGGUCAUCAUCUCUGAAGGAAACCAUUUCUGUGAUAGAAGCUAGAAAGACAUUUCUUCCAGUCAAGUUUUAUCUGAUUAAUGCAAUAAAAAUAUCUUCCCUGUAUCCAUGUCAAGCAUAUCUGGUACAAGGGGAGAUAACAAAUUGCAUCCUAAUGAUCUCAACCUUUAAAAUUUUAUUGAGCAAUGAAAAGCUCUUAAAAACUGCCGCUGAUGUCUUCACCGAACUCUUGGAGAAAGCAUCCUUGGAUUUACUCAUUUCGUUACUUAAUUCAUCUCAAAUGAAGCAGGAGUUCAAGGGUGAGAUUCUAGACUCUCUGUUCAGUAAAGGAAGCUACAGAGAUACUGUUUCUGAAGAUCUGAGUAAAUUUAACAAGAUAAGUUCAUUGGAUGAAAUCUUUUCUUUAUGUGGGGAAGCAUUUCCUGGAGAAAAAGCCUUGUUGCUUGGUCGUGUUUCAUUGUUUCUUGGUUUUUUGAAAUUUUCUGUUGAUCUUGAAGAAGAUGUAAAACUUGGUAUUACCAGAAAGCUUGGUUGGUUCUUGGAUAUAUUAAUUGAUGAAGGUGUAUAUGCUUCCAUUUUGCUUUUGCAAGUUCCUGGGUUAUACGGGUUUGGAGAAACUGUGGAAGUUGUCUGGCAGCCUAUGUUUUCUUUUCUUUUGAAUGCAUUGGAAAUCUUCAUGCUUGUGGUCUCUCCUAGUCCUGCUUGGAGUGAGUUGGAGUCUUUCCUUCUUGAGAAUAUAUUUCAUCCUCACUUUCUUUGCUGGGAAAUUGUGAUGGAACUUUGGUGCUUUAUGCUGCGUUAUGCUGAGCCAGGGAUGGCGAGUGGCAUUAUUGGUAAACUCUGCUUAUUAUUAAAGUUUGUGGCAUCUGCUGAAUCAGUUCUUGUACCUGGUUCUGCUCUGAGAAAAUUGGCAAGAUCGAUCAGCAUGCUUCUUACUUUUGGUGCACAAGCUAUGGUAGACCAGGUUUACAUGUCCAUUGUUAGUGAUGAUGGAGCUCAAUUAUCGUCAGUUAUGCGUUUGGCCUUGUUCAUGGAAGGCUUUCCAUUAAAUUUACUCUCAGAGAAGAUGAAAAGUACAGCAACUCAUAGAAUCAUUACUGAUUACUAUGUCUUCGUAGAAAAUUUUGAUGACAAGUCGAUGAGAUCUUUCCAUUCUGGUACUUUUGGGGUCCCAGUCUUUGCUUUAUCUGCUUCUUUGCAGUCUCUCCCGAUCAGCAUAUCUGAUAUCGAUGUGAAGACCCUGAAGUUUUUAGUUGCUAUCAUUCAUAACUACAGAGUUUCCUCAGAUAAACUAAUGAAGGAGCACUACUCCAAACUUUUGAGUGAAACAUUGGGGAUCAUCUCAAAAAUGAACCAUUUAUAUGCUUCUGACGAAAUGGAGAAAGUAAUCUUUGAGCUCGAAAACCUGUUUAUCUCAGGACCUGCAGCUUCUGAUACCCAAUUGUAUGAAUGCAAACCAAAUCUGGCUCUUUUCAUGGCAGGCCUUGCUCAUAUGGAAAUCAAUGAAACUAAUCAAAGUGCCAAGACCUCUGCUCUGUGGGAGUUGUAUCACAUGUUGUUGAGAGAACGGCAUUGGGCAUUUAUUCAUUUGGCCAUUGCAGCAUUUGGAUAUUUUUCUGCUCGGACAUGUUGCAAUGAACUUUGGAGAUUUGUUCCGCAAGAUGCAGCGCUUUCAUACGAUUUAGUAUCUGCAAAUGAGGCAAGCGUGGAGAGAUUCAUGUCUCAGUUUAAGAUAUUUCUUGAGAAGGAAACAGCGCUUCUUGCAAUGACGCCUAGCUCUGACCAGCUUGGUCUGCUUGUGAGGGAGGGCCUAACUCUGAAAAAAAUGUUUCAAAAGAAAUCAAAUGUCAUUCCAGAGACUACGGAAUGUGAAAACAUGGAAAUCGACUGCAAAAAGCAAACGGGGGAGAUUAAUGGUGAAAAGCAAACCAAUAAGAAAAGGAAACUUCCGGAUGGAAUUAGGAAGGGAAUGGAAUUGGUAGAGAGUGGUAUGAAGUUCAUUGUUGAUGGUAUUUCUCAGUGGCAGCAAAUUCAAUCUCGCUCGGAUGAACUUCAUGAAAAGUUCUUGUCUAACUUUUCUCGCCUGGAAGAUGAAGUUACUCAACUAAUUGGCCUGGCUGGUACUGAUUAGGCUGCAAAUUUCUGUUCAGUCCUGGAAAGUUGUGUUCCAAUGCUUAACAGGUGAGGUACUGAGCUGGUUUACAUGUUCUGAAAAAUGCUUUUUGUAUAUAUUGUUAUUAGAAAUAUAAAUAUCAAUUUGAUCCCUGGCC